CACAGCACAUGGGUUGAAAUAAACAUCGCAGCCGCUGUUUGAAAUACCGCACACCUGCCGCGUCAGGGACACGAGCGCUCGUCGGCCGUGUGAAGAACGCGCAGCCCGACCGGAAGAAGAGAACUCCCCAGAACCCUGUUCGGUUCUGAGACGAACGAGAUGCUGCGGCAGGUGGAGGUCCCUCUCCUGCGGGGGGUUUUAACGCCCGGCGAGGAGACGCCAUGGAAGCAGGGUGUUUUCAGCUCGGCAGGGGCCGGCCCACUGCUGCAGGUCUUGUUCGAGGGGGACUUCAAGGCCGUGCUGCUGAGUCCCCUCAUCACAAACCUGCUGGGUGGAGGUGGUGAGUGUGUGGAUGGAGAGACCGUCGAGGCCUGGCUGGAGAGGCGGAUCCAGGCCUACCUAACCGACACGACCAGCGGCGACACGGCAGACAGGGAGGUGGUCGUGAUGGUCCUGGCGGUGGCUUGUCUCCAUUUCUUUGCUCAGAGUAACUGGACAGGGCCUCCAGUUUCUGUUCACGUCCCUGACUUGCUGCCUCCGGCCCUGUUGUCGUCCUUCUCUCAGGACCUGACGGACGCUCUUCACGGCAGCCUCCUGCUGGACGGGGAGUCCGUUUACAGCCUGGUGGCGAAUCCGUUCCUGCUGCUCCUGGCCCGGGUCAUCCUGGUGACCUGCUCCUCCAAGAUGGAACGCCUCCAGCUACUACCCUGGUGGACCCUGCGCUAUGUGAAGCUCCACCAGCAGAUCUUGGAGACACGUUCCUCAGAGCUUUUCAACCUGGCCAAGAGCAGCAUAGAGAAAGUGAUGAGGUGCGAGUUUCUGUUCUCAGAUAGACGUCAUCGUAACCUGGCCAUCCAGUUUCACCUCGAGUGUGUCUAUGUCAACCUGACUUACUACGAGUACCAGGCAGCCAAGGACCACAUCAAUAAAGCCAAGGAGCGCUCUGGGCUGGAGAUGAAUUUGACAGGUGCCCUGGGCAAGCGGACCCAGUAUCAGCAAAACUUCUUGGCCCAGCUCAUUCUGGAAGUCCGGCGGAAAGAGAACUCGUCUACUCCAGAGCCUGAUGGUGAAUUCAGCCCUGCCUGCACCCCACUGUCUAGCUUACCUAAGGACCAGGACCUGAGUGAUGACACGGUGUUGAACCGGAUCAGCCUAGCCGAGCCGGGUCAGUAUCAGCUGCCUGAUCUUACUGCUGAAGAGCAGGCUGUCAUCCUGGGUGUCUGCACGGACUUCCAGAAGAACAACCCCGUCCACAAGCUGACCGAGGAAGAGCUCUUGGCCUUCACUUCUUGUAUACUGUCACAGCCCAAGUUCUGGGCAGUGGAAGUAACAGCCCUCUGCCUCAGGACCAAACUGGAGAAAGGGAGCUCCCGUCGAGUGGAGAGGGCCAUGAUGCAAACCCAGGCGAUAGCGGACCACUUUGAGGCGCAGACCUGUCCUGUGACCGAGCGCCUCAAGAUCUUUUACUGCUGCCAGGCUCCACCCAGAUGGGCAGUCCAGAAACAGCUGGCCAGUCUGCUCACAGACCUUGGCUGCACCAGCUCAGCUCUGCUCAUCUAUGAGAAGCUGGAGCUGUGGGAAGAUGCGGUGAUCUGCUAUGAGAGGAUGGGCAAACAUGGCAAGGCAGAGGAGAUCCUGCGUAGAGAGUUGGAGAAGAAGGAGACACCCAGUCUGUACUGUCUGCUGGGUGACGUCCUGGGUGACCACCAGUACUAUGACCAGGCCUGGAAGCUGUCGGGCCAGCGCAGCGCCCGCGCAAUGCGCUCCAAGGCCCUGCUGCACCUGCGGAACAAGGAGUUCCAGCAGUGCGUUAGCUGCUUCGAGCAGUCGCUCCAAAUCAACUCCUUGCAGCUGGGAGUGUGGUUUUCCCUAGGUUGUGCCUACUUUGCCCUAGACGGCUAUGAAGGAGCAGCGAGGGCCUUCCAGAGGUGUGUGGGACUGGAGCCAGAUAAUGCAGAGGCGUGGAACAACCUCUCUACAGCCUACAUUCGCCUUCACAAGAAAGACAAGGCCUUCCGCACCCUGCAAGAAGCUCUGAAGUGUAACUACGAGCACUGGCAGAUCUGGGAGAACUUCGUUGCCGUGUGCAUCGACAUCGGAGACUUUGCCGAGGCCAUUAAAGCCUACCACCGCCUCAUGGACUUGAGGGACAAGUACAAAGAUGUCGAGGUUCUGGAGAUUCUUGUAAGAGCGGUGGUGGAGAACUUGACCGACAAACAGGGGGUGCAAGCCUCCUCGUACCGCCCCAAAGUCCAGGAGCUCCUGGGCCGUGUGACAUCGUGCCACAGCUCCGAAGCCCAGAUAUGGCGGCAGUAUGCCUUGCUGUACGGCGAUGGCCACAGUACCAGCCCAGAGGACAAUGACAAGGCACUGCAGUUCUUGUCCAAGGCCCAUCGUUGUGAGGUGCAGGCCAGAUGCUGGGAGAAGGACCCUGGGACCUUCAAGGAGGUGAUCAAGAGAGCCAUAGAUUUAGGCAAUGUGACGAUUCAAUGUAGUAAGAAGAAAAGUAACCCAAAGGAAGGUCUCCAGAUGCUUUCUUCGACACGUCUAAGCCUGAGAAGUCUGGCCACCAAAGCCAAGCAACUGCACACAGAUGUGGCCACGGGCGAAGUCCACGAGGAGCUGAGGGCCGGCGUGGAGGAGCUGGAGCGGCUCAUCACGGAGAUGCAGGACCUCGGCGGCGGUCUGCGGAGCCAGUCUGAAUAACCCUCCGAGAAGUCUGUCAGGGGUCCUGCUGACAGAGGGUCUCAACCAGAACAGAGCGCCCGGCGGACCCUCCAACGGGUCCGCCCAUCACGGGGGCGUCUGCUUUCAGAGGCCCUGCUUUCUCCGGUUGGAGGGUUUUGUGUUCGUUCGGCUUGUGACCGUUUCCCCAUGGUUGGACUCUGACGGGCGACUCAGAUUCUGUCCGGCGACUCAGAUUCUGUCCGGCUUAUAUUUUUACUCAAGACCGUGCCUAUCGACGUGUCCACCAUGAAAGAUAACCGUUGACUUCGAAGUAAUUAAAAGUGUUGGGA